AUGAUCUAUCUCCAGCAAAAUGUAUCUUUGUUCGAUAUCCUAUCUACAGAGCUCCCCAAGCCUCCGGUGCCAUACACUACUGGAUGGAGGUUCACUGCAGAGUCUUAUAAUGUCUCAAUUCCAAUGCUAGUUACCAGAGGCUGUUGCACGAGUAGUGAAAGUGACAAACUAGAAAGAAAUAAAGGAAAUGAUGCUGUUAGCCUGGAAAUACUUAAGCUUUUAAAAAAGGGUGAUGGCUAUAAUUCGCAAGUAUUCACUAAUGGUGCAGAACUUGUUGUAAAGAUAUAUAACCUGCUUUAUUUUAAUAAUAAUAAAGAUUAUCUUAAUCUAUUUCUUUGUAUGGAUAAAUACUACACCCAUGAAGCUAAUAUAUAUAAAGCCCUUGCCAAUUUCCAAGGUCAUGAGUCAUGGAAUAUUCUUAUUAGAUCUGCACUGAAUAAUUUUUUGGGGUAUUAUAUUUCUCCUCUUCUUUGUUGGAAGGAUGCUAAAGCAAAAUUAUAUGCAUUUUCAGAUUGGAUCGAUUGGGACUGGGAUUGUUGGCUGGAGGUAGAGUUUGUAUACACAGUUCCUAGUAUCACACCGCAGAUGAGAGAGCGGUGGUCCGAUGAAUAGGAGUGAUAGGCUUUCCUAGGUGCUGAAAAUAUCUACACGCUGAAGGGCGCCCUGAUAGCUUGCAUGGAGAUUGGAGUAUGCCCAGGGUUUCCUCGAACGCACGUCUAUCUGAAAGAGCAUGGAGCUUCAGAUACAAGAGUCUCUCCAGAUUCUAGGGUCUAAGGUUCGGCGUAGAAAUGCCCCACGAAUCUUGGGGCUUUGUUGCGGGACACUGGCGAAAUAUACCGUUAUGCGCACCCAUGUUAUGUGCAAUAUCAAUGAUCGGCCGAGCGAUCUGAUCAUGGAAAUUGUUGACCAUCAAAAGGAGAUCCC